CGAAUAAUACAUUCUGCUUUGCCGCGGAUCUGACGACGCCGCCGGCUUCCAUGGGAGAGUCCAAAGAAAAGGUGACAUGCAUGCACUGCACGCGCGACACGACGCGGAUGAUUCGCAUUACGUGCGCCGAAUGCCCGUCGUCAGGGGCCGAUAGAGGCCCUGUCGUGCUUUGCAUCGAAUGCUUCUCGACGGGGGUGGAAGACGUGCCUGGCGCACCCGGACAUCGCAAGAACCAUGCGUACAUGGUGUCGGACUGCUUGUCGUUUUCAAUUCUCGACAGUGAGUGGAGCGCGGACGAGGAACUUUUGCUGUUGGACGGCAUCGAGAUGUUUGGGAUGGGUAACUGGAAAGACAUUGCCGAGCACGUCGGCUCCAAGACGGACAAGAAAUGCGAGACGCAUUACAUGGUCAACUACUUGAAACUGCCGGCGAUGCCCGAGUCCCCUGAGAAACCCUCGUCCGGUCGCGCCGCCGCGACCCCGGCCGCGACGCCAACCGCGGACGACGACAAGGAAAAGAUGGGCAGUGCGUUGGCAGGGUACAUGCCGCUGCGUGGGGACUUUGACGUCGAGCACGACAACGACGCCGAGGUGAUCCUCGCCGACAUGGAGUUUGCCGACGACGACCAUCCCACGGAGCGCGAACUCAAGCUCAAGGUCAUCGCGAUCUACAACGCCAAGCUGGACGAACGCGAGCGCCGCAAGAAGUUUGUGGUCGAGCACCAGCUGCUUGACUACAAGAAGUACCAGCAGAACGAACGCCGCCGCCCCAAAGAUGAGCGCGAACUCGUCAUGCAGCUACGCCCAUUUGCGCGGUUCCAUUCCAAAGAUGAGCAUGACGCGCUCGUGGAAGGUCUGGUAGCCGCCAUGCGACUGCGGAAGCAGAUCGCGCUGCUGCAGGAGUACCGCCGCCACGGCGUCCGGACGCUGGCCGAGGCCGAGCUAUAUGAACAGGACAAGAAGAAACGAGAGGUGGAACAGGCUUUGCAAAAGUCCAGGGAAAGUGUGUCGUACUUGUACGAAUCCAAGGGGAAUAGUGCCAAGCGCCACAGCCGGUGGUUAAGUCGCGGGCAAGACGAGUCGACUUCCAAAACGGAUGGGGCGACUCUACAAAGCGAUAAAGCGGGGCUCGCGCUGGACGGCGCCCCCGGUGCCCACUUGCUCACCCCGACGGAAAAGGAGUUGUGCUUGAAACUGCAGUUGCUGCCCAAGCAAUACUUGGUUAUCAAGGAAGCGCUUGUGCGCGAAAGCUUCCGAUUGGGCCAUUUGAACCCUACCGCGGCGCAGAAAAUCGUGAAAAUUGACGCGACCAAGACGGGGGUGAUCUACGACUUCUUUGUGCAUGCUGGCUGGGUCAAGAAGGACGCCGCCGCGACCUUGGCAGCGGUGGGCCCACCCCUGUCGACGGCGGCGGUCGAUCCGCCCGUGGCCAAGAAACCCAAAAUCACCGAAGUGUAGAUGUCGACAGAGAUAUGCCGACGACAACGAGACUAUAAUAUUUGCGUGCAUGAUGAAGGAGUUCGGUGUUGGAGAUUGAUAUGGAGACAUGCUUCAAGACAGACUUUUGUAUGCACGCGUUGGAUGUCUACAACAGCCUACGACUCAUGACGCUCGUUGGCGCCAUCGCCCAGAGGCUUCAAACGAGAUCGAACGAGUGUGGCAUCCAGCACCCCUGUAUCGUACAUGCGCUGGAGGGAAGCGUUUGGAAGGGUUUCCAACGUCACUUCGUCGAAACCGUCGGGAAGGGCGAUAGACUUGACGUAGUCAGACGAAAGGUGCUUGGCAGCGUACAUGUUGCUUCCGGUCCACCAGUCUCCACAUGGGGAAAUGUGUAGAAACAACUGCGUAUGUGUCCACUCGGAGAGCGCCCGUCGACCCGUCCACCGCCGUACUAUUAGUGAUGCCAUCGCAGGUGCCUUUUGAA